GAUUCUUCAUCAUCAAAAGCAACGUCCGGGGCUUAACGGACUGGUAGCGUCAGAUUGUCGGGAAGAACUUCUUGCUGCCGCCGGCAUAAUGAACGGUGACAUUGGCUUCGACCUCAACGUCCCAUACACAAGGAACGGCGAUGUCGGCGUUGAAGAGGCGGAGAAUGAUGAUGAUGUUUUCAUGGUGGAUGAAAACCUCGGUUUUGACGUGGAGGAGCUGUUCCACGAUGAGUUACUGGAUAACGUCAACGUGGGGAACGACGAGGAUUGCGAGCCGCACAUAGUCUUGGAUGACGACAACAUGGCGAACGAUGAUGAUUGCUUGCUGCAACCGAUCGAGCAUGUUGAAGAAGAGAACGUUGGUUUCCCCAUGGAGAAUGUCGCCGAAGCCAAUAAUCUCGGUGCGUUAUCGACUAUUGUCCCGGCGGUCAUGUCAACAUGGGAGCACUUGCGUUUCAAGAAUCAAGAUGAAUUUAACAAUUUUUACAAGUGUUUUGCACAUGUACCACUACAUGUGACUUUGUAAUGGUGAUAAUUGGUUACUAGUGUACUAUUAGUUGUACAUGUACCACUAGUAUUGAGUGGUACAUGUCUCGCUACUAGUUAUUCGUUAAGGGACUACUGGUACUUAUCAAUACUAGUUACUGGUACAUCUACCAAAAAUAGUCUACGUGUAAUUAGAGAAUGAGCUAAUGCUU